AUGCAGAAAAGUAUUUUAACUUAAAGGUGAUGUAGUUUUAAUUGUUGAAGAAUAAAAAUAUUUGAGCAACUAUUUGCAUUUAAAACUCCUUUAACACAGAAAGGUCUUGCUGAAUUUAAUUAAGAAAAAUAAAAACAUAUUAAAGAUUAACAUUUUGAAAGUAAUAACCCAUACUUAUUAAAAAAAAUAUACUAUAUCUUUAAAAGCAGCAAAUUGUUAAAAUCUUAUUUUAAAGACAGUUUGGUUGAGAUUUUUAAUAAUGUCCUUUGAUUGA